UCAGCUAGAUAUAUCUCUCUCGUAUUUUCAUCAUCAUUUGGAUUCAAAUUAUGUUCCUUAUAUUAUCCUAAUAUUACCAAGUAAACUCAUUUUAAGACUAAGAUGGUGUGAAGACUGUUUAUUAUGGUGCAUUAUGCAUAUUCUUCAAGCCCAUACUGAAUCGCAAGUUCAGGUUCUGCAAACCUUGCCCACCCUUGUCCCUCCAGAUAGAAUAACACCAAUUAGGAUACGGUUUUAUCAGCUACGUCUGGCAAAAUCUGAUAUUUUCACCCCUCGUCUUCAAAACUGGCAGGAGACGGUGGAUACAUAUAUCAGAGAACAAGAAGACGACAAUUACAGAUUACAGACCCCCGGGUCUAUCAGUAGGAUCGGGAAGAAGUUAGGUUCGUUUAAAGAAUCUGAUUGGGACUCAGGUUAUAGUGAUGGAUAGUACAGUUUGAUAAGUUCAUCAUCACUCAUCAUUUAGUUUUCCUCGGCUGUUUAAUAGUUUAUCAGUGAUGAAAUCAGUGAAAUCAGUGACAGUUGACACAGAAGACGAUAUCUUUAUAAAAAAUCAGCUAAAUAUUGAGGAAGCAUCUUGUAAGAAAGUGUAAACAGCUGUAAGAUGAAUUCUAACAGUGGAAUGCGAGGGAUCAGACAGGUCCGAAGAAAAAAGUCGUCUUUAUCUGAAGUUAAACUUGUAAUUCUGGGAGCUCCGGGAGUAGGGAAAAGUGCUCUGACUGUGAGGUUUCUAACUAAAAGAUAUAUCGGUGAAUAUGAUCAUCAAUCAGAUUCCAGAUAUAAACACGAGAUUGCAGUUGAUGGUGAUCCUGUUAUAUUUGAGAUUUGUGAUACAUCAACUAAGUCUGCAGUUGACCUACCAGCUGCUGAGCUAGUGAGCUGGGCUGAUGGACUGGUCCUAGUCUAUAGUAUUACAGACAGAUCCUCGUUCACAUAUCUCAAACAGGUUUUCAACCAUAUACAGGAUGUGCGAGGAGUAGCACAGGUGAAAGAGAAAGAUGUUCCCAUGCUGAUUCUAGGAAACAAGGGAGACAUGGUUCAUCUUAGACAGGUCUCUUCAGAAGAAGGUGAAAUAUUGGCUAAAGACUUUGAUUGUAAUUUUCUGGAAGUUGCAGCUGCGGAUCAGGUUAAUGAGAUUGCUGAAUCCUUUUAUGAAUUAUGCCGUGAGAUAUCCGCUGUAAGAAGAAAAAAUAAAACCUCUCUUUUAGAAAGAGUUCUUGGAACUAAGAAUGGGAACCGAGUGUACCACCGUGGGAAGUCGGACAGUAGUUUAUCUAAAUAUUAAACAAGUCAAAACGG